AUAAAUCUUUUAGUAAUUAAAUUAAAAAUUAUUAGGAAAUCAGAAAAAGCUUAUUAUUAACUUAUUUUCACUCAUAAAAUAUACAUUAAAAUGAGCAAUUUAUAACACAAGUCCUUUAAUUAUGAUGAAGGAAUGAAGGAAUUAACAAAUAUAAAUGAAGUUAUUUAGAAAAUAUAGAAAGGAAUUACACAAGUCACUUCUGCCUUUGAGUAAUUUGGGGCUUACAAUUUGAUACUUUCUAAUGAACUCCCUAAGCUUUAUGAUAAGAGCAGUGUGUUUAAAAGCGUAAUUACUCAAUUCUCAGAUAUCUUUGCUAGGCUAAAUGUUAUAUUGAACCACUCUAGUGACAAGAUUAAGUCAUGUAAGAUUUACUUUACAGAUUGGCAAUAGCACUUCGACAAAGCGAAAAAAAUAAAGAGCAAUCACGACUAAGCAAAGAAGAAGUAUGACCAUUACGAGCAAAAAGUAGAAAAACUAAGAAAAAAGUAAAAAGAACUCAUUCAAAAAAACAAAGAAACCCUAAAGGAUAAGCAAAAAUUAGAGCGAAAUGAAGUAAAAUUAUAAAAUUCACAAUAACAAUAUAAAAUCUCAUCUGACGAGUCACUGAGGCAAAUUCAGGAUGUUUAUAUUUCACGUUAUGAUAAUCUUCACAGUUUUGUAGCUGGAUAUAUGGCAUCUAUUAAAGAAAUGAGUGCAAAACUAGAUGAUAAAUUAAGUGAAAUCCAUAACCCAAAGAAUUCUUUUGAUAAGUGCAGAUAAGAAGUGUUAAAAUAAAAACAAGAUGAAAGAAUCAAAAAAGCAAUAGAUCAGGAUAUGGUACUUAUAUAAAAAGCUGAAGAAAGGGAAAAAGCAAAAUAUCAACCUCCCCCAAUACCAGACGUUUCAGUAAGAAGAAAAUCUUUACAUUUAGAAAUGAAUUAAGACGAAUAGAGAUAGGCAGAAUAAAAUUAAAAUUUUUACAAUCAAACCCCUAACGUGCAAAAUAAUGACUAAGAAGAGCCUAUUUAUGGUAUGGAGUACGUCUCAAAUAAUAAUUAUAAUAAUAAUACAACUACUACUAAUGAAUAUACUCCAAGCUAUAAUAAUCAAGCUAGCUAUAAUUAUGGACAUCAAGAUAGCAACUAAGAAAGUCAUAACACAAAUUUAUAAAAUUACUCCAGCAAUUUAGUCCACCAAAGUUCCUAUGGUUCUCCUAUCCAACAAAACUAGAAUAGCAACUACUAUUCAAAUAUGCAAAGUAAAAGAUUUUCUGAAAGCAAUACAUAUUCAUAGUAAUAAUAUAAUUAUGGUGAUCCUUAAUUGCAAUUUAAGGCCAAAUCAGCAACUUAGUACAGUUAAAGCUAAAAUUAUCAAAAUUAUGGAGACAGUUAUAACAAAAGCUAUGGGCAGGAUUACAGGUUUAGAAAUGAAUCACAAACAAAUACAACAGGUUUAUAAAAUUUGAAUAUCCAGCAUUCAGUUAGUGUAGGUGCUUAAUCACCUUAUAACCACUUUCAAGCAAAUUAAUAGAAUCAUCACUAUUAAGGUGGACAUUAAUACUAAAAUUAGAAGUCUUCUGAUCCUUUUGACUUAUUAGAUGAUUGA